AUGGAAGCGCAUCUCACCCAAGUACAAAACCAGUCCAAGCCUGUCCCACAUCAAGACUCUCCCAACAGUCUCGAGCUUGGCAAAAAGUGCAUCAGCUAUCGAAGUACCAUCAUGGAACUUGUCCAUGACAACAACUACUUCCGCCUCUUGCUCUGUAGUAUGCUGAACGCCCACCACAAUAUCACCAACGGCAAGCAGCUCAAUGCACUCGAUGCCGACCAUCCAUACCGGACCACGCUCAUCAAAUUCACUCCAGUCCCCAAUAAGAAGACUGGUCUCUACAUAGGCUACAAGGGGGACGCACUUCGGAGAGAGGAUACACUGAACAAAGCGUACCGUGUCAACCCAUACUAUCCCAACAAAGUCCCCGUCAGCUUCGACCCCUUCCUCAAAGACCACUAUGUCUUCUCUGGGGCAAUCCCUGGCCUGAGCAUGCCGCGCUACAAAAACUCCAAGAAUCCCUUUAACAUCUGCGCCAAGCAACCUAGCCCUAUCAAAAACCCCGAGAGCCUCUUCGGACCGCAAAUCGAAGACUUUGCCGCUCAGGCCCGAUUGAAGUCUUGGAGACUUAGCGGAAAUGCUCAUGCUGCCACACCGGAACCCAAGGCCUCGCCGGAAGAUCCCACAGCCAUAGCUUCCCAGCGCACGCAGCUUUACAAAUACGUCACUGAGAUCAACUUGGGACCCAUAUCAUUUAAUUCAUACAUUCAUUUCGCUCCGUACAAAAUGUUGAGGCGCGAGGACGCGUCGGCAUAGAGAAGCGUCUCGUAUCCCCCAGUGCACACAUAAGAAAAGCUUUUUUGCCUACAUAGCGUCCCUUCUUUAUCCUAUGCAAUAGGGAUAGUCCCUUGCGGUACCUGAGUGGCUGGAACCUGGGUGAGAGCCUGAGGAAAGCUCCGUUUUGUAAAGAUGGAGGAUGGGGCAGGAGUGGAGCAUAGGG